GUCCAAAAUCGAAGAAGAGGGUUUACUACUGAAACUAACAACAAACCCCUUAUGCUGAUUCUCUUCGUUUUUCCUAUCCGUUGCAGCGACCCACCUCCUCCUCUUCCUCACCAAAUCGCCAUUUGAAGCUUCGUCUCCGGCGUUAUUUCCCUCCAUUAAGUGGCAUAAGUUGAAAAUGACUGUAUCUGGAUUGACUGGUAGUCCUUCAAGAUGUUGUGUUCGGAUACCUGUAACCAGUUCCAGUUUACUAGGUUGCAAUUUUCCACAGAAUGUGAAACCUUUGGGAAAGACUGAGGUCCUUAGUCUGGGAAGAAGUUGUUUGGCUGGUUCUAUCCAAAGGUGGAGUAUGCAAAAGACCCAUUUGAUCAAGUGUGCUAUGGAUGCUUCUUAUGGUGAUAUGGCAGAUAAACCAUCUGCUAUCUUUCCUAGGAUCAAUGUAAAGGACCCAUACAGACGACUUGGAAUAAGCAAAGAUGCCUCAGAAGAUGAAAUUCAAUCUGCAAGGAACUUUCUUAUUCGACAAUACGCAGGGCACAAACCUAGUGUAGAUGCAAUAGAAUCAGCUCAUGACAAAAUAAUCAUGCAGAAAUUUUACGACAGAAAAAACCCGAAAAUUGACUUCAAGAAAAAGUUCAAGGACGUCAAUCAGUCUCGUGUUGUACAGACCGUGAGGAGUAGGUUUCAAGUUCCAUCCACAAAUUUCAUCAUAAAAACCUCACUCACAUUCAUUGUACUCGGAGCGCUCACUGUGCUAUUCCCAACCGAGGAAGGCCCUACUCUUCAGGUAGCCAUUUCGCUAAUGGCAACCAUUUAUUUUAUACACGACAGGCUCAAGAGUAAACUCCGAGCUUUUCUCUACAGUGCUGGAUCUUUUAUCUUCUCAUGGCUGUUGGGAACAUUCUUGAUGGUUAGUCAUGCCACCUAUACUCAAAGGACUAAGGAGUUUCGAGGUUACAACUUCACUGAUAACCUAUUUGCUACUCUGGGUAUCAUCUACCUAUCUGAAAUAGUUAGUGUGUAGUUUUGCCUUACUAAUCAUGAAGAACCCCAAUUUUGCUGAACUCAAAAUACAACUGCAUUUGUUGAAGAUUUAUGUUAUGUGCACAGUUGUCUGCUUUCUGUUUCAACAUCCCUACAGUGGUUUGUUAAAAAAACAAAACAAAACAAAGGCCUCCUAGAUUAGAACUGAGAGAUUUGUGUAGUGACUGCUUUGUUUUUCAAAGAAGGAUGUAAAACGAAGCAAAUUUAAUCAAUAAUUGAUUUUUUGUUGUCCUUUCCA